AUGGCUGGUCUUGCAACGUUAGAUUCUAGCCAACAUCCCUACCUUCCGCAGUCUUCCUCUCUCCUAUUCGACGCUAAAGCUAAAGCAAAUCUCAGUUUUGAGCAGAUUGCCCAGCACAUUGGCCGAAAUGAAGUAGCCACUGCUGCUAUCUUCUAUGGCCAAGCGAAGGCAUCGAAGGAAGAUAUCCACAAACUCGCCGAGCUACUACGUCUUCCUGCCACGGCACUGGAAAUGCAAAUGAGUGGCUUUCCAGACCGAGGACGCUCAGUGGAGAUGCCUCCUCGCGAACCGCUGAUAUAUCGGUUGUACGAAAUUGUGCAGAACUAUGGGUAUGCGUAUAAAGCCAUCCUGAAUGAAAAGUUCGGAGAUGGAAUCAUGAGUGCCAUAUCCUUUUCAACAAAUGUGGAGAAGGAGACUGAUGCAGAUGGUAACAACUGGGCAGUCAUUACAUUGAGAGGGAAAUGGUCCGCACCUCCCCUACUUCGCUUCCCUAAUCUUCGAAGUACUAAUAGGGAAUUGAAUAUAGGCUUCCAUACUCAAGAUUCUAAAUCACAGGAUACAUCUCGGUUGUAA